CCGCCCUACCACCCAUUGAAUAAAACCCAACGAAUAUCCCCGCGACCCAAUUCGAUCUUCCCUAUACCAUCCCCUAUACCACACACGACGCCAUGUCCAACAUUGACGCUAUUGAUAACAAGGAGGGACAGAGAGUGCACAAUAAGACUCAGUCUGCCUAUGCGUACGAUAAUAAGGCGAGCAGCAUUGCGGCGAGUGCGAUGAGGAAUGAGUUGAAUAAGUUGGCGGAGAGCUGUACUGAUCCUAAGAAGAGGAAGAUCUUCGAGCUCGAGAUGGACAACUUCUUCGCCCUCUUCCGCCGCUACCUCGCUCACAAGUCCCAAAAACCCCUUGACUGGGACGCCAUUAAGCCCCCUCGUGCCGACCAGGUCGUCGACUAUGAGACCCUUUCUGACGCCGACCCCGCAAGCUCUGAGGUCAAGGGUUUCUUGGACAAGUUGGCUGUGUUGAAGUUGAACGGAGGAUUGGGUACUACUAUGGGAUGUGUGGGUCCCAAGUCUGUUAUUGAGGUUAGGGAGGGAAACACUUUCUUGGAUCUGAGUGUUAGGCAGAUUGAGUACUUGAACAGGAAGUACGAUGCCAACGUUCCUUUCGUUCUCAUGAACUCUUUCAACACUGACGACGACACCGCUCGCGUCAUCAAGAAGUACGAGGGUCACAACAUCGAUAUCCUCACCUUCAACCAGUCCCGCUACCCCCGCGUCAACCGCGAAACCAACCUCCCCGUUCCCCGCUCCUACGACUCCGCUAUCAACGAGUGGUACCCCCCCGGUCACGGUGACAUCUUCGAGUCCCUUGCCAACUCUGGCUUGUUGGACACCCUCAUUUCCCAGGGUAAGGAGAUCUUGUUCGUUUCCAACGUUGACAACUUGGGUGCUGUUGUUGACUUGAACAUCCUUUCCCACAUGGCCGAGUCUGGCGCUGAGUACAUCAUGGAGUUGACUGACAAGACCAAGGCCGAUGUCAAGGGUGGUACCAUUAUCGAGUACGAGGGCUCCGUCCGUCUUCUCGAGAUCGCUCAGGUUCCUUCCCAGCACGUUGAGGAGUUCAAGUCCAUCAAGAAGUUCAAGUACUUCAACACCAACAACAUCUGGCUCUCCCUCCCCGCCAUCAAGCGCGUCGUCGAGAACCAGGAGUUGCAGUUGGAGAUCAUCCCUAACUACAAGUCCAUCCCUGCCGACAAGAAGGGCGAGUCUGACAUUAACAUCAUCCAGCUCGAGACUGCCGUCGGUGAUGCCAUUAAGCACUUCAAGGGCGCACACGGUGUCAACGUCCCCCGUCGCCGAUUCUUGCCUGUCAAGACUUGCUCUGACCUCCUCCUCGUCAAGUCUGAUCUCUACUCCCUUGACCACGGACAGCUCGUCAUGGCUCCCUCCCGUUUCGGUCCUGCACCCUUGGUCAAGCUCGGUCCUCAAUACAAGAAGGUCUCUGACUUCCAGAAGAGGAUCCCUGCUAUCCCCAAGAUUGUCGAGUUGGAUCAUUUGACCGUUACUGGUGAUGUUGUCUUUGGUCGUGGUGUUCAGUUGAAGGGAACGGUUAUUAUCGUGUGCAAUGAUGGUGAGAGGAUUGAUAUCCCUCCUGGCAGUGUUUUGGAGAAUGUUGUCGUUACUGGUACCUUGAAGUUGUUGGAGCACUAG